AUGACGCCAUAUGCAGUCCUACCUCCUGAACUCUGGGACUCAAUCCUCUCCUACCUUUCGCUGCCCGACUUGGAGGCAGCGAACCUUGCCUCUCAGUACUUCCAUGCAGUCGCCCAGAAUUGCCUAAAAGCAGAGCGCAUAUCCUAUCGUCAGGCUUCUAAAUUCAGAGCAGAUGAUUACGUCCAAGACGAAGCGAUACCCUGGCUUCGACCACUGCUGAGAGUUCUACGCGACCCGUUCUUCGCAUCUUACGUUGAAGAGCUCGAUACGCAGAUUGAACAAAGUGGCUUUGACGUAAACCGCUUUCUAGAAAUCUAUGAAGAAAAGACAAAAGAUGGCAUCGUGUCUGUUACCGAUAUGUCGCUCAUCAGAAAAUCAGCACGGACGACCUUUUCCGACUGGUUCGAUAUUCUAGAGCACCCAGAAUACCAAAACGAGUUUUUCGAUGAUGUCGAGAGGCUUGAACAGUCGGCUCUCUUGGCCAUUCUCAUGUGUCAUCUCCCCAACCUUCGGGUCCUCACACUCACCGCUGCAUGCUGGGGCGGCAUUGAAGAAGCACCGUGGCUGCUGAGGCUCGCGGACCAGGUCCAUCGUCGCCCAGACACGCCGCUCCAUGGCGGCCGACCUUUUUGUCGUCUGCAACACCUCAAGGGGGACGUAUUCAACUGCUACUACGGGCUGGAUCUGGAUUCGAUCGCCCCAUUCAUCGCACUUCCCACCCUCCGAUGUCUCGAGACGCCACAGAAUCACGACGACGGGUUCGACUGGCCAGAACAUCUUCCGCGAUCCAACCUCUGUGAGAUCCUUCUCGACGAAAGCACAAUACCCGAAGAAGCGAUCAGGAUAUUUGCCGCGCAGGCUCUACGGGGCCCGUGUGUAAUAAAGCAAUCAGUUGGAUGGAGAAGGCACUUCGACACGCCGGAGAUUACGUGGAGCAGACUGGAAGUUCCUUUCGAGGGUGCCAAGCCAGAUGAACACAUUGUGAAAUGGCUGGAAGACGUUGCAUAUCCAUAG